UGAUCAUUGUUAGAGAAUGUACAUUGUACCGUAAGUAAUGUACAUGGAAAGAAAGUUAUGAUAUACAAAUGUAUCAAGUGUUAAAAAUUUAUAAAUAAUUGUUUUAUUCAUUGCAUGAAUACGGUACUUAAGUUUUAAAAAAAUUGAUUUAUUGAAGUAGAUACGAUGUCAGCAAAUGCUUCACAUACAGAAAAGGAGUUAGAUUUAAGCAAUGCUGGCAGAGGUGUUUGGUUAGUCAAAGUACCCAAAUACAUAGCUAACAAAUGGGAGAAAGCACCUGGCAACAUAGAAGUUGGAAAACUAAAGAUAACCAAAAAUCCUGGUCAAAAAGCAGAAGUAUCUCUGAAAUUGUCAGAAGCUGUCCUAGCUUUGAAAGAGCCAGGAGAGGAAGAAAUUCCUAAACAGCAUAGAUUAGAUGUUACAACCGUAACUAAACAAAUGUUAGGUGUAUUUUCUCAUGUCACACCAUCAAAUAAUUCUGACUCCAUCGUUCCUGAAACUGAGAAACUUUACAUGGAAGGGAGAAUAGUACAAAAAUUAGAAUGCCGGCCAUAUGCUGAUAAUUGUUAUAUGAAAUUGAAAUUGCAAAGUAUCAAAAGAGCUUCUGUACCACAAAGACAAGUUCAACAAUUGGAUAGAGUUGUUCAAAAUUUCAAGCCUGUUUCUGAUCACAAACAUAAUAUCGAAUAUGCAGAAAAGAAGAAGGCUGAAGGCAAAAAGAUGCGUGAUGACAAAGAUGCAGUAUUGGACAUGUUGUUUGCAGCCUUUGAAAAACAUCAGUAUUAUAAUAUAAGAGAUCUUGUGAAAAUUACAAGACAACCAAUUGUAUAUCUGAAAGAAAUAUUAAAUGAAGUAUGUAAUUAUAAUCUGAAAAAUCCUCAUAGAAAUAUGUGGGAAUUGAAACCGGAGUACAGACAUUACAAGGAUGAGGAUAAGGCCUCCGAAAAUGCUCAAAAGAAAGAUGAUUCUGAUGAUGAUUAAUUCGUGCUAGUUUUACAUACAUUUCUGUUUUAAUUACAUCGUUUACUGAAAUAUAAACAAAACUAGAAUAUUUUACAUAAUCUUGAAGUCAAGGCUAUGCAGAAUACAUAAAAUUGUCACAAUUUUUGAAAUUUGACACACUCACAAUUACUUUUCUCCGAGUUGUAAAAAUUGUUGAUAGAAAUGGCAAUUAUAUAAGACAUCCUUUUAUUGUUACAUAAACGAAAAUUGUAAAUUUAUAAAAUGUAUAUUUAUACUCCAUAAGAAAACGGAUUGUAUAGCUUCAAUACAUACAUAGUUGUUACAAGAUUUUUAAUAUUGCUUAGGUAGCGCAUGAACAGCAACAUCCCACCGAUAAAAAUAUAAGAUUCUAUAUAAGCGGUCUACCAUAUAAAUUACUAAAUGCAACUUCAUGGCUAAAACUUUACUACCAAUGUAUUAUCAAAGAUUAAUAAAUACUUGCUCUAAACUCUAA